UGUAAAUGCAACCAAUAAAUUAGUUGCUUAUCACAAUAGCAAAAAUUUUAGAAGAAAUUUUAAAGGAAACAGAUUCCCUGAGUUUGUAAUAGGCUUCUGUAUUUCAUACAUCACGGGCUCCAUCUAUAUCAAUUCAGAAUUACAUUCAGAGGAUUGCAAAAUAUACACAUUGCAAUAGUGUUUGCUUUGUUUUUGCAUUAAUUUAUCUAGAUAAAGUUUAGGAAUUGCACUAAGAUGUAGUGCUUAAUUCAAAUUGUAUUCAUAGGUAUGAUAUUAUAAUUAUGAAUUGAUUUAUGAUAGUUUCUAUAAUGGUUGCCAUAAAGUAUUAUGAUGAUGAAUAUUAUAAGAAUGAAUAUUAUGCAAAAGUUGGAGGAUUAUCAUUAAAGGAGAUAAAUGAAUUAGAAAUGGAAUUCUUGAGUAUGUUGAAUUAUGAAUUAUUCAUUUAAAAAGAAGUAUUUGAAGUUUAUGAAGAGAGAUUAAAAUAAUAUGAAGUCAUAGAGAUCUGA